AUGAAAUAUGUACUAGUAUCCGGAGGUGUUAUUAGCGGUAUUGGAAAAGGUGUGAUUGCCUCUUCCACUGGUUUACUGCUAAAAACCUUGGGAUUAAAAGUUACCAGUAUUAAAAUCGAUCCUUAUAUGAACAUUGAUGCUGGCACCAUGUCACCACUGGAACACGGAGAAGUUUUUGUUUUGAAUGAUGGUGGUGAAGUUGAUUUGGAUUUGGGAAAUUAUGAGCGUUAUUUGAACGUUACAUUAACUCAUGAUAAUAACAUUACCACCGGUAAGGUUUACUCAAAAGUUAUUGAGAAAGAACGCCGUGGUGAUUAUCUUGGCAAAACUGUACAAAUUGUUCCCCAUGUCACGAACGAAAUUCAAGAAUGGAUUGAACGUGUUGCUCGUGUGCCGGUUGAUCAAAGCGGUGAAGAACCAGAUGUUUGUAUUGUCGAGCUCGGUGGUACGGUUGGCGAUAUUGAAUCCGCUGCUUUUGUUGAAGCUAUGCGUCAAUUUCAAUUCCGUGUUGGACGUGACAAUUUUGUGUCUAUCCACGUAUCUCUUGUUCCCGUUAUUAAUGGUGAACAAAAAACGAAGCCCACUCAACAAGCAAUUAGAGAUCUUCGUAGUCUAGGUAUCAUGCCUGAUUUAAUUGCCUGUCGCUGUAAGCUACCCCUUGAGGAAAGUGUUAUUGAUAAGAUUUCUCUUUUCUGUCAUGUUGGUCCUGAACAAGUUUUGGCUGUUCAUGAUGUUUCUAGUACUUAUCAUGUUCCUCAACUCCUCGAAAACAAGUUAUUAGAUUUUCUUAAGAUGCGCUUUAAAUUGGAUCAGAUUCCUAUCGGUUCCAACCAUGUGAACGCCGGUUCAGUGAUGUGGAACUCUUGGAAACUUCUAACUUCCGGUCAUGACCGUCUUUUCCAGAAGGUUACCAUUGUUCUUGUUGGCAAGUACACACAUCUCAAGGAUUCCUACAUUUCCGUUAUUAAGGCUUUGGAACACUCUGCUAUGCGUUGUGGUCGCAAGCUUGAUUUACAAUGGGUUGAGGCUUCCCAUUUAGAGGCCAGUAUGAACGAGACUGAUCCUCUUAGCUAUCACAAAGCUUGGCACUUGGUGUGCUCUGCAAACGGUAUUUUGGUUCCCGGUGGAUUUGGUUCCCGUGGUAUAGAAGGAAUGAUUGCUGCCGCUCAAUGGGCACGUGAAAACAACACUCCUUAUUUGGGUAUUUGUCUCGGUCUUCAAGUUGCCGUGAUUGAAUUUGCUCGUCAUGUUUGUGGAGUUGAAUAUGCUACCUCUGAAGAGUUUGAACCUCAAUCUGACAAACAUGUCAUCGUUUACAUGCCUGAAAUCAAUAAAGAUAAGUUGGGUGGUACCAUGCGAUUAGGCUUGCGCCCUACUAUUUUUCAGUCCAAUAGCGAAUGGAGUAAACUCCGUAAGCUUCACAACAAUUCGAAAGAAGUCUUGGAGCGUCAUCGUCAUCGUUAUGAGGUUAACCCCAAGUAUGUUGAACUAUUGGAGCAGAAGGGUCUUACUUUUGUCGGUAAAGAUGAGAAGGCUGAACGUAUGGAAAUUAUUGAGAAGCGGGAUCAUCCUUACUUCGUUGGUGUGCAAUAUCACCCCGAAUAUCUUUCCAAGCCUCUCAGACCAUCCACUCCCAUUUUUGGAUUAGUUGCCGCGAGUGCUGGUUUACUUGAUGAGUUCAUUAGCUCCGGAGAACCUGUGGAAUGGACUGAUGUUUCUCACUUUAAUGCUGAAUCGGCUCUUGCUGAUUCAUCUGAAUCUGUAGAAAUUACCAACCAAGCUACUAUUGUUUCUACCGAUUAA